AUGGCCCACGUGGGAGACUACAGACAGAUGCCCUGGCUCCCUGUCCUGGUGGUGUCUCUGAUGUGCUCAGCCAGAGCAGAAUACAACAACUGCGGCGAGAAUGAGUACUACAACCAGACCACGGGGUUGUGCCAUGAGUGUCCCCAGUGUGGGCCGGGGGAGGAGCCAUACAUGUCCUGUGGCUAUGGCACCAAAGAUGAGGAUUAUGGCUGCAUUCCCUGCCCAGCAGAGAAGUUUUCCAAAGGAGGUUACCAGAUAUGCAGGCGCCACAAAGACUGCGAGGGCUUCUUCCGGGCCACCGUGCUGAUGCCGGGGGACAUGGAGAAUGACGCUGAGUGCGGGCCUUGUCUCCCUGGUUACUACAUAUUGGAAAACAGACCCAGGAACAUCUACGGCAUGGUCUGCUAUUCCUGCCUCCUGGCGCCCCCCAACACCAAGGAAUGUGCAGGAGCCACCGUGGGGGUUUCUGCCCACUUGUCCAGCACUGCGGGCAGCAGCACCCUCUCUCCUUUCCACCGAGCCCAUAAAGCAGAGCUCUCAGGCCAAGGACACCUGGCUGCGGCUCUGAUCAUUGCCAUGUCCACCAUCUUUAUCAUGGCCAUCGCCAUCGUCCUCAUCAUCAUGUUCUACAUCAUGAAAACAAAGCCUUCUUCCCCAGCCUGCUGCACCAGCCAUUCAGUGAAGAGUGUGGAAGCCCAAGUGAGCCAGGAAGGAGAGAAGAAAGAGGCCCAAGACAGUGUGGUGAUUUUCUCUGAAAAGGACGAAUUUGAGAAACUGACAGCAGCUCCAGCAAAGACUGCCAAGAGUGAGAACGACGCCUCCUCUGAGAACGAGCAGCUGCUGAGCCGGAGCAUGGACAGUGAUGAGGAGCCCGCCACUGACAAGCAGGACUCCCCGGAGCUGUGCCUGCUGUCGCUGGUCCACCUGGCCAGGGAGAAAGCCGCCACCACCCCCAAGUCAGCCGGGAUUCAAAGUCGAAGGAAAAAGAUACUGGAUGUGUAUGCCAACGUGUGUGGAGUUGUCGAAGGGCUCAGCCCUACUGAGCUGCCAUUUGAUUGCCUUGAGAAGACCAGCAGAAUGCUCAGCUCCACAUACAACUCGGAGAAGGCUGUUGUGAAAACGUGGCGCCACCUUGCAGAGAGCUUUGGACUAAAGAGGGACGAGAUUGGGGGCAUGACAGAUGGCAUGCAGCUCUUUGAUCGCAUCAGCACAGCAGGCUACAGCAUCCCAGAGCUGCUCACAAAGCUGGUGCAGAUAGAGCGGCUGGACGCAGUGGAGUCCCUGUGUGCGGGCAUACUGGAGUGGGCCGGCGUCCUGCCCCCUGCCUCCCCGCUGCCCGCUGCGUCCUGA